AUGUCUUUUAUCCGGGGAUUCCUUGACAUCUUGAAUGCCAAACUAUCUCCAGGAAUAACGUUUGACAUGAAGAAUUUGCUUCCCCGAGCAGCUAAUACCUGCACAGGGAGCAAGCAGUGGUAUGUUUGCACUGCAGGGAACUUUCGUGGAUGCUGCUCCAGUGACCCGUGUACGAGCGGCAUUUGUCCGGAUUAUGAUAAAGAUGAUACCUCGAGCACUUCAGUUCCUGGGGCUACAUCCGUAGCGGGGUUGACAGCAGUCACGGCGAAAAUAGGGAUUCCGCUUGUCUCAUCAGUCACAACAUCCUCAUCAACAUCGUCAACAAUAGAUCCGGCUAUGCCUUCGUCUACAAGUUCAGACACGACCACAACUUCAGGGACACUGACGGCAGCAGAGACGCCCACAACUUCAGCGACAUCCACAGUCUCGACAACUUCAGGAGCCACGCGUGUCACUGGGUUGUCCUCUGUCCUUGGUGUGAGCCAUGUAAGCACCGCCGCACCAUCAUCGGCAUCCAUCAAUUCAGGAGCCGCAUCCAACCGAGGUGCCUUAAUCGGUGCUGUGGUGGGAGGCGUAACAGCCUUGAUAAUCUGUGCCAUCCUACUCUUUUGUUGCUACCGCCGCAGAAGAAGACAAGGCAAACAUGAGAAACGAUCAUCCAUAAUCUCAUGGUAUCCACAUGGAGCAUUUCGAUCUCGCUACGACCGAAAUAGAUCAUCCAAAGCAAAGGCGAUAUCACCAUCCGACAGCAAUGGAUACACAGCAAGUGAACACGGAAGAACAAGCACAACAACCCUCACAACGGGCAGCUGCAGUUCACAUCCCGGUCCCGUCCCAAUCCCCUCCCCACAACGCCGAGGCUCCACCCCGGAACUACCAGAUAUAAGCUUCUACCGACUCCGCUGCGAACUAGCCCCGUAUUCAAAGGGCGAGCUUAUAAACGUCCAGAUUGACCAGCGCUGGCGCCAGAAUCAGAAUCAGAAUCAGAAUAGUAUGGCUAUUCCGAGGGCUUGGGAAUCGGCGUCAUCCAUUCCACUUGCUUAUACGCGUGGAGGGACAAGUCAGAGCCCUGGCCAGAGUGGGAGUAAGAAUGGGAACGGGAGCCCGGUCAGACAACACGCUGGCCGGGUCAUUACCGCCGAUGGGGUUGUCCUAGGUGCAAAUCUAGAUCGGUAUUUCAGUGAGAUGGAGGUUGGGAGGUCGUCGGAUAGAGGGAGGACUGUUGGGAAGGGUAGUGAUGAACAUGUUAUGAGUUUCAUGCAUUAUGAGAAUGGGAGGAGGGCUGAAAGGGCUGAGAGAGGAGGAGGAGGGCUGGGGGAUGGACGUGGAAUUGAGAUGUGGGAUACGGCGCAUGAGCUAAGGAUGGUGAAUAGUGCUUCGAGGGAGGGGCAGAGGAGUCAGGAUGCGACGGCCAUUCUGGAGGACGAUCUGAGGACUUUGGAUUGUGAUGGCGAUGGUGAUGGUGAUGUUCCGCCUGCUUAUGAUGGGAAGGAUGCUUCAUCUGAGCUUGACAUUAAGCCUCCUGCUGGGGGGAUGGAGAUAAGUGUUCGGACUUGA